UCUCACUUUAGUUCUCGGACUGUCGAUACUCAUUUGCCAAAUCUUUCAUACGCCAACUUUGAGUCGUGCUCGGUGCCAGUGGGUGAGUGCAGCAUUCAUUUUCUGCCUCAAGCAAUGGCGGACCUGUCAGGCAACAUGCUGAAGCGACCUCACCCCGAGGACGAAGACAAUAACACGCAGAAAAGGUCACGUUCCAAUAAUGGAUCCCCAUUACCCGGCCAAGGGGCUCCAGCCUCUGGCAAACCCGAUAUCGAGAGGAUGGUAGCUGAGGCGAGAGCUAAAGCCGAAGCUGUACGCGCUAGGCUUCAAGCUGCAAGAGGAGGAUCUACGCCAUCAGCGGCACCAAGCCCCAGUCCUACACCUCCGGCCGCUUCCCCUGCAAUGUCCAGAUUAGAGCAGAUGAAAGCCAGAGUCGCGGCUGCCACUGGAAGGGCCAAUGUGGCAGCUCAGCAACGGCCAGUCGAGCCCUCGCCAACACCUCAGCCUCUCCCAUUGGAAGAAGACGAUGGCUCCUCGAGGGGUCGGGGUGGUCUGGAUGUCGGCCUUCAUCCGGCUCUGCUAUCGGACACUGUUGAGUUUCGGGGUGCCAAGGGAAGACAGUCCACUCAAUCGAAAUCCCGUCGAACAGAGUCUCCGCUCACGAAUGGGAGGCCGGAUCGAGCAGGGCUCGAUCUUUCCGGUCCUUCUUUGGAGGAAAUCAGAAACAAUCCCUAUUAUGACCCUAGCCUCGGUCCGAAAGCUACGAUUGCAAAGCCACGACAGUCGCGGCAACUUAUUUUUAAUCAGAAGGGUAAAUACAUACAGCAGGGCGCUGCUCUGCGUCGGCAGGCUCAACUGGAGGCAAUGAAGAAACGCAUUGCCGAGAGAGCGCGACAGGCCGGUAUUGAUGAAGACCUAGAUGUCGAAAAGGCUUUUCUUGUUCCGGCUCCACCAGCAAUUGAAUGGUGGGAUGAAGGACUAGUGGACGGGGAGGACUAUUCUGGCAUCGAAGACGAACGGAAUCUAAAGAUUGAUACACCGGACACCAUAGUGACUCAAUACGUUCAGCAUCCAGUUCUUCUCGACCCUCCACAAGAUAAACAUAUGGCAGAGCAAAAACCCAUGUAUCUCACACCUAAGGAACAAGCUAAGAUUCGUCGCCAGCGGCGAAUGGCCGAUCUGAAGGAGCAACAAGCGAAGAUCCGAUUGGGACUUGAGCCAGCCCCUCCCCCGAAAGUCAAAAAAUCGAACCUCAUGCGAGUGCUGGGUGAACAGGCCGUUAAGGACCCUACCGCUGUUGAAGCACGCGUAACGCGAGAAAUCGCAGAGCGUCGUACUAAGCAUGAGGAAGCCAAUGAAGAUCGCAAGCUGACCAAAGAAGAGCGACGAGAGAAACUUGCUAGACAACAAGAGAAAGAUGCCGAAAAGGGAAUUCUCAUGUCAGUUUACCGCAUUGACAGUCUUGCAAACGGGCGGAAUCGCUUCAAAAUCAGCAAGAAUGCCGAACAGAAUGCUCUUACGGGAGUCUGUGUCAUGCACCCUAAAUUCAACCUUGUGAUUGUUGAGGGUGGUUCCCACUCUAUCAACAACUACAGGAAGCUUAUGCUGAACCGGAUAGACUGGACAGAGAACGCAGGACCAAAUGCUGUGCGGGAAGGCAACCGGGAGGCUCAAGUGUCUUGGCUAGCUGCUGAAGAUGAGCAAACGGGUGAUCUGAAAGACCUUAGCUCCAAUACAUGCAGUCUCUUGUGGGAAGGCCAGGUCAAGACUCGAGCUUUCCGCAAAUGGUUGGGGGCACGAGUGUGUGAAACAGAUUCUCAAGCGAAGGACGUCUUGGCUCGAGCAAAGCUGGAGAACUUCUGGGCACUGGGAAAGAGCUCAAAGCAGAGCGAGUCGUGGUCAUGACGAUGGUGUUUAUUCUUCUUUAUUUACAAAUUCUAGUCGAAAGGCAGGACAUGUCUAUCUCUAUGAAACAAAUACAACCAUGGCCCCUAUGUGCCAGGUCUAAUAAGCGAUUCUUUUUUUCAUUUCCCGCAUCAUUCAAAUGAUAUGCCUCCUGAGUGAUGCAUACAU